GUUGUGUUGAACCUGACGCCAAAAACCAGACCGCCAGUGUAAAAAAAAUUAAAAUUAAAUUAUUUUCACAAGUAAAAACAAACUUUUUUCAAUUCAUAAACAUAUUAAAUACAAUAUUAUGUUAUAUCUGAUUAAAUCAGAAUAAAAAAUACUGAUUGAAGUAUAAUUCCAAGUUAUGUCGACUGAAAUUAAUACACCCGAAGGUCCAAGUACAUCAGACAUUUCAACAGAGCCACCAAGUAGUAAAAAACCCGAAUCGCAUUCAGAAAAAACUUUUGCUCGUUACAAAUAUUUGAUCCUUAGCGAAUGCGGUUAUAAAAUCUCAACAACUGAGAAUCAUUUAAAGCGUUUACAAAAUUUACGCAAAGAAUUGAAUUAUCUUAAAGAAACUGAAUGGAUGUAUGAUCCUCUUGAAAAACGUGCUGGACAACAAUAA